GAAGAUGAUAGUCAGCUGCCAGCGUUCAGCUUAGAAGACUGCAGUGCUGUACGCUCGGCUUCACUACCUACAAAUUCACUGAGGUUGGUAUACCUUCUGUUCUUCACUUGUGAUUCCGAUCUCUCGGUCGUAUGGCUUUCGUUUCUUCUCAGACCCUUCCGGCCCUUUUCAUCCCGUUCACCACCGAGAACAGCUGACUGUUCUCAACUCUAGGGAUAUGGACGGUCCGCAGAUGAAAGAACUUCCGGCGGCGACACGGACCGCCAUCUUAUACCAGAACGAAGAACGUGACGUUACUCUCAUUGACAUCCCGACUUCCAUUGCUCUAGCCCAAGGCAGUUCUGGCAUUCUCCGUUCUAUACCAGCCCUGGAAGAGCCAUUCGCCAUUACGAAUGAGCCCAGAACAGCAAGGGCUGCGAAAGCCUAUGGUGCGGACAGCAUCACUAGCCCGGAGCUCCAUGCAUCCUUCAGCGCCGACAUCUCGAAAGCGCUUGCGGAAAUCCACGCCCAUGUCUCAGGACCAUGGUGUGCACCACGCAAGCUAAUGGCCCAAGUACCACAGCCUAGGAACUCCGACAUGGACAUCGAUGAUCCAGAGAAGGAGCUGGAAGCACGGUUGAGGGAGUGGAGUGCAAGCAAGGGAGAUGAUGAAGCACCCGCAUUCGAUUUCACAAAGAUGAUGGCUGCGCUCGACACCAGCUCCGACCCGAAUGCAACGUCGAGUGAGGAAGCUGUUGCACGUCGCUGGGAGAUGUCGUACCGGCCUGCACGCGAGAGCACAAAGUGUACACGGGAAAAUGAAAAUGAAUCUAGGCAUGAACCUAGACGAACAGUAAAGGAACCUUGGAUAUCUUCUUUUCACAAUGCGGACAACUCUGCAGUAGAUGUUACCAUUUCUGAGACUGUACCUCUAACUCGAGAAUACCGUUUCAAGAUCCCACCCCAUUCCACACUCUGUCUCAGCGACUCCUGGCAUUCCGAAGACUUCCGUGUAUCCUUCCGUGAACUAACCGCCGAGCACAAACUUCCCCGCCACUUCAACUUCAUCUUACUAGACCCACCAUGGCCGAACCGAUCUGUCAAGCGCAAGAACGCCUACGCUAACCAAUAUGGCAACCAUGCCUUGCAGAAGAUGUUGGGCCGAAUGGACCUGGAUACUUACCUCGAGCACAACGGCAUCGUGGGAAUCUGGAUCACCAACAAAUCUUCGCUUCGCGACUACGUACUGGGUCCCGGCGGCUUCUUCGACAAACUCAACGUAGCCUUCUUUGAGGAAUGGCUGUGGAUUAAAACUACGGCUAAAGGCAAGCCCAUGUUCACCCUUAGCAGUCUUCUCCGUAAGCCAUACGAAGUUUUGCUUUUAGGUCGCGCAGCACCAAACGCAUGGACAAAAAUGCGGCAUGCUGAGAGGAUCAAGAGGAGAGUUAUUGCAGCCGUGCCGGACAUCCACUCGCGGAAACCGUGUUUGAAGGAAUUGAUCGAGCCGCUGAUGCCCGAUAAGAGCGAUUACAGCGCGCUGGAGAUCUUCUCGAGGUAUUUGGUGGAAGGCUGGACGGCUUGGGGUAAUGAGGUUAUCAAGUUCAACUGGGAGGACUAUUGGGCUGAUGAGAUGGAGAGUGAAGGAUGAAGAGUAUGUAGAGUCUCCAUGACCCAGGCUAUUGCUUGGCUUAGUGCAAUCGUUAAUGGUAAUUACCACAAACGGUAUGCGGGACUGCAUCCGAGGCUUUGGCGAGGUUUUCUUCAUUUUCCCACUGUGGGCCGCACGGACGGGUUCAACGGGUGUGCACAUGCAUUUCCCUGUUUGGGUGGAGAACACCCGGCAAUUCAUCACAAGCUUCGCGGGGCCUCACUCUCCAGCUGCUUCUGCAAGGUCCAUGGCCCACAUGUAUUUUACUACACACCCGGGCAGUAUCCCAGAAGAAUCAAAC